GAGACAGACACAGGCAGCAUAAGGCUUGCAGCCCAGACCAUAGUUCCCCCUCGUGCUGCAAAGGGCGCGCCCUCCCCAGAUACCCGCCUUCGGCCCCUUACCUUUUAGGCUACAAACCUUCUCAGCCUGGCCCCGUGUGAAUGUGCCAGCUCCUGGAUCAAGCAGGAACUCCUUGGCCCAGCAGCCAAGGCCCUCACCCCUUGCCGUCCCUCUCCCUCCCCCACACCAGGUACCACAAACUUGCCACACUGGCCGGCCCUUGUACACUUCCUGGCUCCAUCUUCCCAUCUUCUACUCCUGAGCUUAGGACUGUCGGGUUUUGGUCAUCUCCAAGUGCCAGCAUCUCACACAGAACCUGACACAAAGGGGCCCAGUAAGUGCUGGGGGGAGGGGAUGGAAGCCCAGCCCUGUGCUAGGUUCUGUGGCUUUCACUCCAUUCUUCCCAUUUAUUCAUUCAUAUGUUUGAUUCCUUCCCAUGGGAUUUGCCAUCUGGGUAAAAAGAGGGACAGAAUCCAGUGGUGUUGAGAGUUGGCAUAAGCUCAGCAGGUUAUUAGAAGCCAGAGUGAGCUCUGGGCUAGGCCCCAGGAAUGUUCCAGAAGGAGGUGGAGCCAGUAUUUGACUGAAAGCAAGGAUAGGACUUGGUUAAGUGGAGAGUAGGGACAAUGGUAUAAAUAAAGGUUUGGAAGUAGGUUAUCCUGGGUAAUGGUAAUAAAACACCUCAUGUUUACAGUGACUUACAGUUUACAGUCACUGGUGUCACCUCAUUUGAAUCCUGAGUGGUAUGUAAUGGAAGCGUUGCUCCCGUUCCCCCUUUUCUGGUGGGUGAAAAUAAUAGCAACGGUCAUUACAUAUAUGUUCGGUGCUUUGUAUACAUUAUCUCAUUUGUUCCUCACCACAAUCUUUGAGAUAUAGUUAUCGUGAUCCCCAUUUUAUGGAUGAAGAAACUGAGGCCCCUCAGAACCAGAGAGUUACCAAAGGACACAUUAGAAGUCACAGGGCUGACACUCAAAACCUGCUGCUGUGCUCUCUCCACUGUAUCAGGUGGCUGGGAGGGAAGCCCCUUUUUUACCCCUUCUUACUCACUUCUUUCCUUUCCUUCCAUCUCUUUCUUCUCUUCAUUUAUUCAGCAAGUAUUUCUCGAAAGGAUGAUCAAAUGACUAUUGUGGGGAAGUGAGGUGAAGUAGGGCUGUAAAGGUGGGCUGGGGCCAGACCAACACACCUGGCCAUUAUUCCUUUAGCAGCAGUGGUGACUGCCACAGCUCUGCCAGUCCCCAAAUAAACCUAUGAUCUAAAUAAAAUGGUGUCCUUGGCAUGCAAAUGAAGCUUUAUGUCUUCUAGCCUGUGUGAAAGCAGGUUACUGCUGCUAAGCUCCUCUCAGGUAGAAAACUCUGGAGCCACCCUAGUGGGCAAUGGGGAGCCCCUAAUGGUGCACGAGCAGGAGAUUUAUGAGCAGAGUGGGUCCCAGGCCACAGGGAGAUGUCUGUCUACUAGGAAUGGUGCCCAAGGGUUGACUGGGCAGAGGCAGGCAGGGGAAGAUGGACACAGGCUAUGGGAUGUCCAGGGCCCUUGGAGUGGACAUGCCCCCUUCUCCCCAGCCCUCCAUUAGCAAGGAUACCACUCUCCCUUGCCUGAUGACAGCUGGAUCCUUCCACCAUCUGCCUCUGCUACCAUCAUCAUUUCAUGCCUCCAUCCUGCAUCACCAGCACAUUAGCCCAGUGUCCCAUUGGUCAUGCAAAGUCCCCCUUGCCCAGGCUCCCUGACUUGGUGCCUGCUCCCCUUCUUCCCCUACCUCCUCUGCUUCCAGCUCCCUCUGACCCCUCUUCUCACUCAUCAUAGGUCAUCUUGUCUUGGAUCUGGCCCAGGCCCGGUCCACGCUGGUGCUGCCCACAGGCCUUAUCGCUGCGGCUGGCACCAUGACAGUGACCCUGCACAGCAGCCGGGAGCUGCCCUCAAGGCCUGACGGGGUGCUGCAUGUGGUCUUGCCCACUGUGCUCACCCCGCUGGCCCUGCCAGGCCCACCAGGGCCCCCCAGGCCUCCGGGGCUCUGUGACGACAGGUUGGGCCUAUGCCCCACCAGCUGCUUCGGGGUGGGCAGCCCUCAGGAGGAAGGGGUGCCCUGGGAGGAGCCGGCUGCCCCUCUGGACGUGUUCUCAGGUCCUGCCCGCUGCCCUGCCCCAUAUACCUUCUCCUUCGAGAUGCUGGUGACUGGGCCAUGCCUGCUGGCAGGCCUGGAGAGCCCCUCUCAUGCUCUACGGGCAGAUGCCCCUCCUCAUGCCAGCUCUGCGGCAACCAUCUGUGUCACACUGGCAGAAGGCCACCGCUGUGAUCGGACCUUGGAGAUCCUGCUGCACCCCAGUGAGCCACAUCAGCCACACCUGAUGCUGGAGGCGGGCAGCCUGAGCUCAGCAGAAUAUGAGGCCCAGGUGAGGGCCCGUCGUGAUUUCCAGAGGCUGGAGUGCAGGGACAGCGAUGGGGACCGGCAGGUGUGGUUCCUGAAGCGACGCUUCCACAAGGACAUCCUGCUGAACCCUGUGCUGAUGCUAAGCUUCUGCCCAGACCUGAGCUCCAAGCCUGGACACCUGGGCACAGCUACUCGGGAGCUCCUCUUUCUGUUGGAUGGCAGCAGUGCAGCACACAAGGAUGCCAUUGUUUUAGCUGUGAAGUCUCUCCCACCCCAGACGCUCAUCAACCUGGCCAUGUUUGGGAUGUCGGUGCAACCGUUCUUUCCAGAGAGCCGGCCUUGCAGUGAUGACACUGUGCAGCUGAUCUGUGACAGCAUUGAGACCCUGCAGGCUGUGAGUGGCCCUCCAGACGUGCUGGCUGUGCUAGACUGGGCCAUGGGGCAGCCCCAGCACAGGGCCCACCCUCGGCAGCUGUUCCUGCUCACUGCUGCCUCGCCCAUGGCUGCCACCACUCAUCAAACCCUGGAGUUCAUGAGGUGGCACAGGGGGGCAGCCAGGUGCUUCUCCUUUGGUCUGGGGCCCGCCUGCCACCAGCUGCUCCAGGGUCUGUCUGCCCUCAGCAGGGGCCAGGCCUACUUCCUGAGGCCUGGAGAGAGACUGCAGCCCAUGCUGGUGCAGGCUCUGAGGAAGGCUCUGGAGCCUGCUUUGAGUGACAUCUCUGUGGACUGGUUUGUGCCCGAUGCCGUGGAAGCGCUGCUGACCCCCCGGGAGAUCCCAGCACUCUACCCUGGGGACCAGCUGCUGGGUUACUGCUCACUCUUCAGGGUGGAUGGCUUCCGGCCCCACCUGCCAGGGGGCCAAAAUCCUGGCUGGCAGAGCUUGGGUGGGUCUGUGUUCCCAUCCCCAGAGGAGGUGCCAUCUGCUGCCAGCCCUGGCACGGAGCCCACUGGCACCUCGGAGCCACUGGGAACAGCCACUGUGUCAGCAGAGCUGUCCAGCCCAUGGGCUGCUGGGGACUCAGAGCGGAGUACCGAUGCUCUGACAGACCCAGUCACAGAUCCUGGACCCAACCCCUCCUCUGACACAGCCAUAUGGCGCCGCAUCUUCCAGUCCUCGUACAUCCGUGAGCAGUAUGUGCUCACCCACUGCUCUGCCAGCCCAGAGCCAGGCCCAGGCUCCACAGGCAGCAGUGAGUCCCCAGGCUCCCAGGGCCCUGGAUCCCCCGAGGGUAGUGCUCCCCUGGAUCCCCCUUCUCAGCAGGGCUGCCGCAGCCUGGCCCAUGGAGAACAUGCGGGCUCCCGCUCCUGUCCCCUGCCUGCACCACCACCAGCUCCAUUCAAGGCAGCGGCCUUGAGUAGUGAGGUGCUGGGCCGUCGGCACAGGGUGGCUCUGGCUGGCCGAAGCCUCUCAUCCCCUCCAGGCCGGGCAAACCCAGUCUCUGGCAGACCCCAGCACCCGUCUCUGGGUGCAGCACCAGAUGGGCCAGGCCCCGAGCCAGGCCAACAACUGGGACAGGGCCUGGAUGACUCAGGAAACCUGCUCUCCCCAGCCCCCCUGGACUGGGACAUGUUGAUGGAACCACCCUUCUUGUUCACGGCUGUGCCCCCUAAUGGGGAGUCAGCCCCUCCUGCAGUGCCACUGCCUCCUCAGGCUCCACGCUGCCAUGUGGUGAUCCGGGCCCUGUGUGGGGAGCAGCCUAUGUGCUGGGAAGUGGGUGUUGGGCUGGAGACACUGUGGGGGCCUGGGGAUGGCUCACAGCCUCCGUCACCCCCUGUAAGAGAAGCUGCUUGGGACCAAGCACUCCACCGGUUGACAGCAGCCUCUGUGGUCCGGGACAAUGAGCAGCUGGCUCUCCGAAGAGGGGCUGAGACCACAGCUGACCAGGAGGGCAGGUGGCGGGAGUUUAGCAUGCUGCUCCAUGGUUUCACAGGCCAUGCCCGGAGAUGCUGGCUCCGAGCCCUUCAGACAAGCAAGGUCAGCUUCGCCCCCUCCUGCUUCACCUGCCCUGUAGCUGUGGAUGCUACCACUAGGGAGGUCCUGCCGGGGACCCUGCAGGUGCGGAGCUCAGAGCCAGCUGAGCUCCCAGGCACCCCUCCCACCUCUCAGAGCCAUCUAGAUGCAGCUUCUCUGCCCACACUUGUCCAUUCUAAAGGACUUCAGGGAGGCUCUCCAGCAGGUGCCUGGCACUCAGACCAAAAUGGCAACUCCAAGACUGCUGUGGGGGACCCCGUAGCCACCACAAGAGGUCCUCACCGCCCACCCCCGCAGCCUCCCUCUAGGCUCAGUCUGGGCCGCCGUCGCAGACUCUGCAGCCCCGACCCGGGCCAAGCCAGUGAUGGCAUCAGUGAAGGAAGCGACCAUGACUAUCUGCCCUUGGUGCGGCUGCAGGAGGCGCCCGGCUCCUUCCGCUUGGACGCGCCCUUCUGUGCUGCGGUGCGCAUCCCGCAGGAGCGCCUGUGCCGUGCCUCGCCCUUUGCGGUGCACCGCGCCAGCCUCAGCCCCACCUCAUCCUCAUCUCCCUGGGCACUUCUGGGCCCUGGUGUUGGCCAAGGUGACAGCGCCACGGCCUCCUGCAGCCCCUCCCCCAGCUCGGGCUCAGAGGGCCCAGGCCAGGUGGACAGCGGGCGGGGCUCAGACACUGAAGCCUCAGAGGGGGCGGAAGGGCUGGGUGGUACAGACCUGCGUGGCAGGUCCUGGGCCACUGCCGUGGCACUAGCCUGGCUGGAACACCGAUGCGCUGCUGCCUUUGGUGAAUGGGAACUUACAGCGGCCAAGGCUGAUUGCUGGCUGCGGGCCCAGGACCUUCCCGAUGGCCUUGACCUGGCCGCCCUGAAGGCUGCAGCCCGGGGGCUCUUCCUGCUGCUGCGCCACUGGGACCAGAACCUGCAACUACACCUGCUGUGCUACAGCCCCGCAAACAUGUGACAGUUGCCCGCUGCUGCUCAGGCUGGUGCCCAGAAACAUACUCAAGUCACUGCCACCCAGGAGCCCCCUCAGUGCUGGGAAGGGAUAGGCUGGUGUCAGCCUGUCCCCACUGCUUCUUACUCCCUUUCCAGAGUCCUCUCACCCCCACAAAAAGUGCCUGCCUGUGCUCUCUCCCACUCCUCUCAAACCAUCCCCCAGCCCUCCCUGCUCUAAUCUGCUCCUCCCACCCCACCCCGUCCCCCUUCUCCUCCAUCCUCUGAGCUUCAUGCAGCACAGUGGAAGGGGAGAGAGCCAGUUCCCAAAUCCUAUGCAAUAAAGUGCCUCUUUAGGACUA